AUGUGCCUUGUGUUAAGCAGUGAAGCGAUUGUUGUGUUGAAAGGGGUUAUGAGUGAUGAGCGAAACUUUCCCGAUUUGUGUCCACAACCGGUGGUCAACAAAGUCGGGAUCAAAGUAUUGGCUAUUUUUGGUAAAGAUGGCGAAGAAGUGAUUGUUGUGACCACCGAUGACCGGGUCUUCGGCUUUGGGAGCAAUUGUUUUGGACGACUCGGACUCGGAGUGAGUGAUGCCAUCGAAAGACCGCAACUGAACGCCACUCUCACCGGAAAGAAGAUAAUGAAGAUAUGCUAUGGUUUGGGACACUGUUUGGGACUCACGAGUGGCGGACAGUGCUAUGGAUGGGGACAGAACUCGUGCGGACAGCUCGGCAUCGGAUCCGUUGAAGACAUGUCAACCCCUCAACCAAUCAAAAUACUUUCCCUCAAAUUAAGAAUCAAACCAAUUCAAGACAUCUCAUGCGGUGAUAAUCACUCACUGGCGCUGACCUCAGAUGGAAUUGUGUAUAGCUUUGGGGCCAACGAUCGGCGCCAAUGCGGUCACGAAAGCGGUGACAUUGUUUGUACGCCAACCAAACUGACCAUCAAAGCCAAGUUUGUGACCAUUAGUUGCGGUCGGAAGCACUCGGCGGCGCUGUCCUGUUUGGGAACGGUGUAUGUCUGGGGCAAUAAUGAGCGCAAACAAUUGGGUCCACUCGUGAUCCCAUUGGACGGUCAACAAUACUGUUGUCCGCAACCCAUAAAGCAAUACAAUUGGGUCCGCGACUGUCAAACCAUGAUCUGCGGGCCCAACCAUACGAUACUAAUGACCGCCAAUGGUAUGGUCCGUGUGAUUGGUUUUGCUAAAUGGAAACCCGAUGUCAAGAAUGGCUACUUAUUUAACGCUGUGAGGGUUAGCCCCAAAGCCAGGUUCAAACGCAUUGACACCACUUAUAGUAAUCGUGUGGUUAUAGCGACCGCAAUGGAUGGCCAGCACUUCAUUAUGGGAACAGAUAAUAAGGGUUAUCCCUCUUGUGUUCCCAUUGAUAUACCGAUGGGUUGUUCGCUGUUUGAUGUUUACGCCAAAUACUGUGCUUUUGACGUCACGUUCACAUCGAUUGUAGACUCAAUACCACCGAUAGAUCCGAACACUACCGGAUCCGUUGCUUCUGAUUCUUAUAAUGAUUUUGAAAGCGGUUUUAAUAAUGAAAACUUUGCCGACGAAGAGAUCUAUGUAUCGGAACCCGAAGAAUAUGACGGCGAAGAAGAGAUUCAGUUAGAAACCGGAUCACAAAUGGCAUUGGAUUUGUCACAAUUUGAUCCACUUUUUAACAAAGUGUGCCAUAAAUCCGAUUCGUCUAUAUUUGACGGCCAGUCACUUGUCUCGAUAUCGGAUCCAAUUGAUCCCAAAACAACUGAUAAUACAUUGCAAUCGACGGUAGGUUUGAGUUAUAAAGACUCUGAAUGUGGAGAUAAUGAGGGAAUCGCUGACCAGAAGUACCGAAACACCGAUCGUAUGGAUCCAAUGAUGGCUUGUUUUCAAAAGCAUUUGUUGAAAGCGUUUAACAAUCGAUUGGAUUCUGAUUUAAGAUUUAUUGUCGAAAAUAAAUCCAUUUAUUGUCACAAAACUGUUCUCAAGAUUAGAAACAAAGAGUUUUGGAGAAUAUGUGAACAAAAUAUGAUUAAUGAAAAUGAGAUCAAUAUUAACGCCUAUUCUUACGACACGUUUCACACGUUUCUCAUGUGUUUAUACGGAAUGAGACCCGAAGUGAAUGACCAGAACUGUACGGAACUGUUAGUAUUGGCCAAAGAAUACGGCGAACAAGAGAUCAAAGACAUGCGGUUUGGGGCGAAGCCACCAAAUGCGGUUUGGGGCGAAGCCACCAAAUGUGUGUGCAUAUGCACACACAUAUGUAUCUUAGAAAUCAUAUGGACCCCGAGCGGCAUUCUUGCCCUGCGGGGUUUUGACAACGGAUUCGUUUGUAUGACCAAAAAGUAG